AUGUCGGAGGAAUUAAGGAAAGCAGGCAAUGUAAAAUACAAGGCGGCACUUGUAGAGGGCUUGUCUCCUGUCCUCAAGUGUUCUAGACUUCAGUCAGCAAUUAAUCUAUAUGCCAGGGCCGCAUCGGAGGCCACUGGACCAAGAAUGGCGAGCGAGUGGUCUUCGGCAACCAAGAAUCUCGGAAUGGCUACAAAGAGGAUGGCCCAAGAGUACAUGAAAGACAAACAGGACACAGGAUAUGCGAAGACUCUCAUAACAUUCCGAGAGGCUCUGAAAUACCUCGGCCAGGCUUUGGUCCGAGGUGCUUCUCUGCUGGGUGACACCUGGAGGACCAAGCUGCAAGAGGAGAUCAAGGCUUCUUACUUUGAGAUCUUGGAGAUUAUCGGUACGUUUGAUGACCCUAAGAAGAAGCUUAAAGAGAUGUACCAGGUACUGAAGCUGUUGCCCGAUGGUGAGGCGCUCUCUGCAUUGGCCAGGUAUCACAUUGCUGAUGUUCUCUUUAAAGAAUCAGUCUGUCUGCUUGAAAAAGGUGAAUAUCAAAAAAGUCUCGGACUUCUCCACGACAUCCACCAACCGGUUGAAGAGGCUCUCAGUAUUCUACGGAAAGGGAAGCUUGCUGAGCAGGAUCUUGAAGCGGAUGAGGUUCGUGUAAACCUGGAGGUCAUUCAGCAGGAUGCGCAGUUUCAAAUCUGCACAGCGGAGUCCAUGCAGGCUCGCAAGUAUGGAGAGGCAAUGCUUGUGAAUCUGUUGGACGAGGAGGUUUGGAACAUGGACAUGGUCUGGGAUGCGGUGGACUGGUUCAAACAAGCUACUCUCAAGGCAGCUGAGCUAAACUUGGAGCAAGAAGCAGCCGCCUUAAGUUAUCUCGGCCUAAUCAACGAGAAAAUCUUGCUCAUAAAAACCAAGACCAAGGUGUAUUACAAGCGCUGCUUGGAGCUGGUUGAGGCAGCUAAGCCCAGGACCUUCAUUGGUCACAAGUGGUACACGCAGUGUGUAGUGGGAUUCAAGAAGAUCCAGGAUGAGGAAAGAUGGAGAGACGAAGCCGCACAACAGGAAAUAAAACAAAAGGUUCUAGAUACACUAAAAGAUGAGAUCACAGCUCUCAAAAAGGCCAAUACAAGUGCAGUCAGCCUCGUAAAGUACCUUCUCGACCACCAUCCAUCCCGGAAUAGCUCCAUCAAGUUCACCAAGACUCACCUCGACCAACUGAAGGAGACUGAGGGCAGAAAUGACAAGCCCACAUUGAAACAACGAAAGAAGCUGCUGUUGGGAGCUCUCCAAGAUUACCACACAGACAAGGUUGUCAAGUCGGUAGGAGAAACGGAGGAACAGGUUCAAAACAGAAAGGUCUUCCUUGAGGAAAUCACAAAGAUGAUCACCGCGCAUUACGAGAAGGUGAAACUCAAGACUUAAAACAAUAGAACGAAGAUGAGAGAGGGAGAGAAGAAAACUAAAACACUAAAAUAAACCGCGCUUAUUUAAUGUAAAAAUAGGAGCAAGUUGAUCAUUGUAUAACGACAGUUGGACAGGUCGGUACCACAAAACAGAGUGUUGCUGUGAAACAGCUAGAAGAAAUGCAUUGUGAUGAUGUUCCACCAUAGAGCUAUAUUUAAUAUAGCUCUAUGUGUUCCGCCGAAGAUUCGAA